UAACAAACUCAGGAGUUUGAUCAGGUGGACGUGCUGAACCAUCAUCAUGCUGCGACGGUGUGCUGUGUUGCUCCUCCUCGCUCUCUUUGCUGUUGCCUUGUCAGCUCCAGUCCCAGAUGAAAACCAACCAGAUAAUUCACCUCCAGACACAUCUGGAGAUGACACAGACCAACCAGGGACCCCACCACCAGACACCUCUGGAGAUGACACAGACCAACCAGGGACCCCACCACCAGACACCUCUGGAGAUGACACAGACCAACCAGGGAACCCACCACCAGACACCUCUGGAGAUGACUCAGACCAACCAGGGAACCCACCACCAGACACCUCUGGACCAGACAACUCAGUGCAAGACAGUGAUGACAACUCUGAACCUCAAGAGAAACCUGACGAGGACUCUAGUGCCAGCCAGGAUGCAAGCAGUUGGGCUGAGGGUGAAGAGGUCAAGGAAGACACAAGUUCAACUAACGAGGAGGAGGAGGAGGACAGCAAUAAUGAGGGAGAGGCUGCUGGUGAACCAGUCGCAGGUGAGGAAGCUCCGAGUAGCGAGGAAGAUGACCAGGGACAGGUAGAUGAGGAAGUGCGCUCUGAGUCUGCAGGCGAGGAAGAAUCGGUAGAGGAAGCGGAAGUGGACGAACUGCCCCCCCAGGGUGCAGGCGAGGAAGAAUCGGUAGAGGAAGCGGAAGUGGACGAACUGCCCCCCCAGGGUGCAGGCGAGGAAGAAUCGGUAGAGGAAGCGGAAGUGGACGAACUGCCCCCCCAGGGUGCAGGCGAGGAAGAAUCGGUAGAGGACACUCAGAGUAGCGAGGAAGACGACCAGGGAGUGGAAGAGGAGGAAGUGCCCCCCCAGGGUGCAGGCGUUGAAGAAUCGGUAGAGGACGCUCAGAGUAAUGAGGAAGGCACCCAUGAAGAGGAAGUGGAGGAGCCGGGCUCCGAGUCUGAGGAGGAGGCAGAGCCUCAGACUGAGGAAAGUGAUAACGACAGCAGUCAGUCUAAUUCUCAAGAAGAGGAGGAGGAGCCACAGCUUGAAGAGAUCACAGAUGAUCCAGAUGAUCCAGCAUCACCUUAAGAUGGUUGACCUCUGACCUGUGGACGCUCCUCGACCACAGAGCCAAACCUGCUGCCUUCACUGUGGAAUAACAUCGCCAUGACAACAACCACAAAAACAACCUAAACUGCAUCUAAACUUGGAUUCCCGGCUUUCUUUGUGCUUCCUUCUCAGUUCUGUUUCUCUCUGUUUCGGUUGUAUGUCUUAUUAUUAUUUUUAUUUUAACUCUGGUGCGUUAGCAGAAAUAAAACUAAAUAUCUUAAUAUCUGGUCUCACUCUCUGUCUGUGUGCCGUCAGUCUGACGUAGAAGCAUCAGAGCAGCCGCUGACCUCGGGUCUGACCUCGGAUCUGCUCUUGGGUCUGACCUCGGAUCUGACCUCGGGUCGGACCUGGGGUCUGACCUCAGGUCUGCUCUCGAGUCCAACCUCAGGUCUGCUCUCGGGUCCGACCUCAGGUCUGCUCUCGGGUCUGACCUGGGGUCCGACCUCAGGUCUGACCUCAGGUCUGACCUCAGGUCUGCUCUCGGGUCCGACCUCAGGUCUGCUCUCGGGUCUGGACCUCAGCUGCUCAUACGUCAUUUACUGUGCAAACAUUUAAAGAUAAGUAAUGUCAGUGACAAAUGAUUGUCUGUACACAGAAGAACUAAUAAAGUCUGAACUGUCCCUGAA